CUUUAGUUGGAUGCCAGCCGCCAAUAAAAAAUAAAAGAAGAAGAAGAAGUGACGAUAUUCCUGUUUAGAUGAGCCAAUGAACCGCAGGAGAGGUACGCGCAUCACUCAGUUGCAGAGCAGUAGGGCACCAUCAGGUGGAUGGAGGAGUCCGAGGAACAAACAACAAUGUCAAAAUCAAAGCAAAAACCAAAAGAAUGAGGUGGAAGCAGAAGACCAGGAAAAAGAAAUAAAAGAAAUGGCUCCCAGAGCGUCCUGUCAAACCAUGUGUCCUGCUCAAGAGCUAUGGAACCGUGAGUCUCAAAACCGGCUCCACUGUUUCGAAGUGGUCCCUGGUACUGAGAGCUUUCGAAAGCCGAAGGGAGAUCCUCUGCGUGCUGUCAAGGAGUAUUCCAGACCAGCAGCAGGAAAAGAUGUCACAAAGCCCUCUUACCUGCGACCGCCUGAUGUGUUGCUAAAGACUGCCUGCUAUCUUAUUGAUGAGAUUGCAGGGUCAACUAGUCUGCACCCAUGGACUGAGGUGUACAGUUUUGUGUUUGAUCGACUACGUAGUGUGAAACAGGACAUGAUCAUCCAAAGGUUGUCUGGAAAGGACUGUGUGGCCAUUUUAGAGCUAACAGUGCGUUUCCACAUCUACGCUUCUUAUCGUCUUUGUGGUGAGCCGCUGCGGAUUUACGAUCCACGCAUCAAUGAUACACACCUACAAGAAUAUCUGAAUUGGCUGUUUGACUGCUACAAAACUGGAACUGGACCAUAUCCAAACCAGGAGGAGUUUCAGACUCUUGGUCUCCUCUACAACCUGGGUUCAAGUCCCGCCACUCAGGAUGUUUUGGAGCUCCCUGAGCGCCUGCGCCAAACCCCUUCUCUUAAACUCGCUCUAGCAAUCAAUCAAGCAUUUCUGGAGGGAAACCAUGUACAUUUACUCCGACUAGUGCAGAAGCUGGACUUUUUGCAGACCUGUGCACUGCACCGCCACCUGGUGACGUGUCGCAGACACUUAUUGCUUAUAUACAGCCACGGAUACCACAGCCGCAACUGCCGCUUUCCUCUUGACAGACUCGCUCAACUCCUCUCCUUGGAACCAUCCCUUACAGCCGAACUUUGUCAGGUGUACGGCAUCGAAGUAAAUCAGCACAACCAGGUGUUAUUUUCCAAAAGUGCUUUUACUGAACCUGAACAAGGGGAACUAAAUUGUAAACUGUAUCAUAGCAUAGUAUCUGAGAAACAAAGAGGCCUCACUGUGAAGAGCAUCAUUCGCGGAUGUACUUGAUACAGAUAUUUGUUUCUUAAUCGGUGCUUGUCAUGCCUUAUUCCUGUAACAGAGCUCUUUAGAUUUCCAAUAAAAAUUUACAGCAGAGUUUAAUCUGCAUUAAACAAGUUUUCUUCUAGAUUGCUGAUUUUUUUUUUUUUUUUUUAACUGAACAUCAUUAAUUUUGUAUGUUUCUUAAUGUCCUGCUGUGCAAUAAGUCAGUGGUCUUACCUCAGGCCUCUGAAUCACCUCGGAAUGUGAACUCCUUUCAUACUGGUAAUGUUUGUUAUUUUGACAGCUUUCUUCAUUUAAUAUAAUGUAAUGAGAAAUAAAAGGUCACCAUGUUUAAUUCCAAAGGCUAACAGUUGAAUUUUAUGUGCUGUUUUUGAUAUUUCUUAAAACAGUUAGGAGAUUUUUCUUUGCACCAGGCUUCAUUCAUUUGCACUGAUCCAACUGCUUAUUGUGAAACCAUUUCAAUAAAUAUUUUUGUUACCAAACAGA